GGUGCGGUGGCUCAAGCCUGUAAUCCCAGCACUUUGGGAGGCCGAGGCGGGCGGAUCACGAGGUCAGGAGUUUGAGACCAGCCUGGCCAAUAUGGUGAAACCCUAUCUCUACUAAAAACACAAAAAUAGCCGGGCGUGGUGGCGGGCGCCUGUAAUCCCAGCUACUCGCGAGGCUGAGGCAGGAGAAUUGCUUGAACACGGGAGGCGGAGGUUGUAUUGAGCCAGAGAUCGCGCCAUUGCACUGCAACCUGGGCGACCAAGUGAGACUCCGACUCAAAAAAAAAAAAAAAAAGUAGCAUUUGAGUACCUUUUUUUUCCUUUUCUUUUCUUUUUUUUUAGAGGAAGAGCACCCAGGCUGGAGUGCAGUGGCACCAUAAUAGCUCACUGCACUCUGCAACUGCUGAGCUCAAGAGAUUCUCCUCCAUCAGCCUCCCUAGUAGCUGGAAUUACUGGCGUGAGGCACCACGCCCGGCUUAUUUUCUUAUUUUUUUGUAGAGGUGGUUGGAGCGGGGGGACUGGGGAGGGUCUCGCUAUGUUGCUCAGGCUCGUCUCGAACUCUUGCCCUGAAAUGAUCCGUCCUCCUCGGCCUCGCAAAGCGCUGAGAUUACAGGCGGGAGCCACGGCGCCCAGCCUUGAAUAGUUUUUCACGUGCAUUGCACGUUAUUUCCUUUUAUUCUCUAGUUUUUGGGUCCAGUCUUAAACCUGGGAAGGGAUUCAUUUGGGGGGUCACACCGGCGGGCAUCCUGGCUCAGGCGGAACUCUGGCUCCAGACAGUGCGCCCAGGACCAAACGAUCAACCCCGACCUACUCCCGCCCCUCCCCUAUCCUCCCCUCCGCGGACGCUCCCCCGUCUUCCUCUCGCUCAGGCACUGAGGGGCGGGGAGAUGGGUGUUAAAGAGGGGAUAUCACCAAUCAACGUGCGCCUCCGGGAAACAGCGCUUCGCACUGGCUGGUUGGGUCUGACGACAUGGCCACUGUCCAAUCCUCAUGCUAGAGGCGGGGCUAAAGGCCAGUGGCGCAAGCAGAAGGAGGAGCGCACCGGAUGCCAGCACGUGACCGGGGCCUGAAGCCGGAAGCUACCUAUCUGGUAGGGAGCUCCCCCAGCACCGAAGACUGCGAUGACUUCUGCACUGACCCAGGGGCUGGAGCGAAUCCCAGACCAGCUCGGCUACCUGGUACUGAGUGAAGGUGCAGUGCUGGCGUCAUCUGGGGACCUGGAGAAUGAUGAGCAGGCAGCCAGUGCCAUCUCUGAGCUAGUCAGCACAGCCUGCGGUUUCCGGCUGCACCGCGGCAUGAAUGUGCCCUUCAAGCGCCUGUCUGGUGUCUCUCCUCCAGUGGUCUUUGGAGAACACACACUGCUGGUGACGGUGUCAGGACAGAGGGUGUUUGUGGUGAAGAGGCAGAACCGAGGUCGGGAGCCCAUUGAUGUCUGAGCCUGCCGGAGGGCGAGGGUCGGAGAAGCGGAUUGGGUCCUGGGCCUCUGUGAUGAGGCAGGCACACCCGUUGGUCUUGGCUUGCUGCUAGAACUAGGGCCUUCUGCUCGCCCACCUCCCACCCCUACCUGGACGGGCCGAGGCUUGGGGACUCUGAGCUGUGUUAAGGAGAACAAGGGCAAGGAGACCUCCCUUUGUGCUCCCUCCCUCCCUAAUAAACACGAGUCUGAUGUUCUCCA